AUGCGAGGCGUGCAGCAGUUUAGGCCUCACCAGCUGAUCUUUGGCGGCUCAGUUUUCCUUCUGGAGAGUUCAGUGGCCUUCGAAAACGAAGAGCCCGAGGAAGAAGAAGCAGAUAAAGACGUCCCUAUAAAGCCGCAUGCAUUCGGCGGAGAAGCGCCAGCUUCAUCAGAAGGUGAAGAAAGUGCAUCCGAGCAAGAGGAGCCAGCUGAGUCAAAAGAGGAGAAACCGCAGCGUGGCGGUGCAGCAGCAGCAGCAGCACCAGCAGCAGCACCAGCAACAGCAGCAGCACCAGCAGCAGCAGCAGCAGAGUCUGCUUCUGAAGCUGCAUCAACAGCAUCAGAAUCUGCAUCUGAGUCUAGAGAGGAGGGCCCCCAUGCAGUUGGUGGUGGUCGUGGGGGGGCCCCUACCCCUGCAGCAGGGGGGGCCCCCUUAAAGGGGGCCCCCAAGGGGCCCCUAAAAGAAACCGAAGAAGAAGAAGAACAAGUGUUUGCUGUCCCUGUUAUUGAAAAACAUAAGGGGGCCCCCAAACCCUCAAGAGAGCUAGAUAGAGACGCAAUAAACAAAAGGCUGGCGGAGCUGGGGGCCCCCUUCACUGUAGGAAAGGAACAUUUUAGUGUUUCAUUUAAUAAGUAA